AUGGCAGUGAAGGAGUCUAGUCACCAGGUGGGCGAAAUACCACAGGUGGAUAGCAAGCUGGUGGAGAGGCUGGGCCAGCGCCUCUUGCCCUGGAUGGACUGGCUCUCUCUGGAGCACCUGAACCCCAGUAUCUACGUGGGUCUGCGCCUCUCCAGCUUGCAGGCCGGGGCCAGGGAGGCCUUCUAUCUGCACAUCCUCAAACUCAGUUACCAGCACAGCCUCCUGGGGCUUACCUUCAACGAUGACAACAGUGACUACCAGGACAAGCCCUCCAUGGGCCAGCUGGCCCUCUACCUGCUAGCUCUCAGGGCUAACUGUGAGCUUGUUGAGGGCCGCAAGGGGGACAGGCUGGUCUCGCAGCUGAAGCGGUUCCUGGAGGACGAGAAAAAGGCCAUUGGACACAAUAACAAAGGCCAGCCCCACACCAGCUACUAUCAGUAUGGCCUGGGCAUCCUGGCCCUGUGUGUUCACCAGAAGCGGCUCCAUGACAGUGUGGUGGGAAAGCUCCUGUAUGCCGUGGAACAUGAACAGCAUCUCCACCAGGGCCACCUCUCUGUGGACACAGUGGCCAUGGCAGGCUUGGCCUUCACCUGUCUAGAGCACUCCAACCUCAACCCCAAUCGGAAACACCAGAUCACCCGGGCCAUUGAGAACAUACGAGAGAAGAUCCUAAAGGCCCAGACCCCUGAGGGCUACUUUGGAAAUGUCUACAGCACCCCUCUGGCACUACAGUUACUGAUGAAGUCCUCCAUGCCUGGGGUGGAGCUGGGCACAGCGUGCCUUAAGGCAAGGGCUGCUCUGUUGGCCAGUGUGCAGGACGGGGCCUUCCAGAACGCUCUCAUGAUUUCCCAGCUGCUGCCUGUCCUGAAUGGCAAGAGCUAUGUGGAUCUCAUCUCCCCAGACUGUGAGGCACCAAGAGUCAUGUUGGAACCAGUUGUGGAGACCCCUUCAUCGCCCCAAGAGGUCAUCCGCGUCGUGCUGAAGGUCCCCAGUGUCUCGCCACCAUACAUAAACUCCAUCUCUGUCCCUGCUGGGUCCUCCUUGGAAGAUGUCCUUAAGAAGGCCCAGAAGCUCAGAGGAUUCAUGUAUGGAACGCAGAACACCUUGUCAGGCCCCUUCCUGACCUCUGUGAUGGGAAAAGAAGCUGGGGAACGUGAGUUCUGGCAGCUCCUCCGAGCCCCUGACACCCCACUGCUACAGGGUAUUGCUGAAUACACCCCCAAGGAUGGAGAAACCAUUGAGCUGAGGCUGGCUACCUGGUAGCUUCUGCGCUCACUCACCCCAGCAGCCUUGCCCACUCCCUGGGCUUCUGCCUUCCCUCCAGACAUCGCUGUAACAGCCCAACCCUGCUGCUACCUCAUGUGCACUUGGAUAGGGUCCCCUGGAUCAUUCCAGCUACCACCCUUGUGAAGGUCCUAAGCUAUCAUCCACCCUGGAUCAGUUAACCAAGCGCUUUCCCUGGGAGGGCUGUCUGCUCCAGUCUGGCCCAGUCUGGCCACACAGGCAUCCUUUGAAGGCCAUGCAUGGUCUGUAGGGUAUAAAGCAUCUCCGACUCCUCAACACAAGGAGGAGAAGUCACUGGCUACUGGUGCUAUGAGGACUGCCCCUCUGGGAUUGAAGCCCUGCAAGGAGACCUCUAUGGCCCAGGGGCUACAGCCCUGAUCCCAGCUCUCAACUCCACCUUCAUGGGGGUGGCCCCAGUG